AUGAGUUAUGAGAAGGUCACCUGGGAGUACAAGGGGGUUCGUUUCCCUUUGGAUGUCACUAAGGAAACCCUGGAGGCCAUGCCGGGCUUCCAGAUUCGAGAUGACGACAUUGUUGUGGCAAGUUAUAUCAAGACAGGGUCCAACUGGCUUACGACGAUCGUCCUUAAGAUCUUAGGAUCCGCGGGGAAAUUAACGGCUAGUGCGGACAGCAUGGACAUUGGCCCUAUCGAAAUCAGGGUACCUUCUGCCACACAGCCUGGGUACAUCACAGUAGCAGACAUGCCCUCCCCUCGUUUCAUGAAAACACACCUGCCCAUUCAGUUUGCACCAAAGGGGAUAUCCAAGCCACAGAAAAGGGUGAAAGUGCUGGUGCCUAUGAGGAACCCAAAAGACACGGCUGUUUCCUUGUACCACUAUGUCCAUAUCAUAUGGAAGUUGAGGGGAUAUACUGUAACCAUUCCCUGGGAAGAGUUUGCUCAGAAUUUCAUAGAGGGAAAAGGGGGUUGGGGAGACUACUGUGACCACUUGUUGGGCUGGUGGCAGAUGCGUGAUGACCCCCACUUCCUCUUCAUCAAGUAUGAGGACAUGAAGAAGGACCUGCUAAGUGCUGUUAAGACCGUUGCGGCCUUUCUGGAGGUUGACCUGGAUGAAACGACAAUGAAAGACAUCGCAGAGGCCUGUACUUUUGACAACAUGAAGGCAGAACUGGCCAACUCGGACAGACCUGAUAAGAGGACAAUAGCUAGGAAAGGUAUUGUUGGAGACUGGAAGAACAUGUUUUCACCAGAGCAGAGUCAAGCCUUUGAUGCCUGGUAUGAGAAGAAACUUGGAGGGACAGGCAUCAGCUUUGACUUCGAAUAAACAUGCAUUUCUAUACAAAUAAUGGAAAU